GACUAACUAUUUCGGUCGCUAGCAAAUAGUCCAUCAACCGGAUGUGUGCAUGUCACACACAGCAUCAGGUCCCCGCGCCACCACGUCCACUCUCCCUCCUCUCUAUCUCAAGACCUGCUGCUUUGGUUUGGACGGGGGAAAUCCUUAACUGAAUUGCGUCAUAAAUACGUCAAUAAAGUCCCAUUCACUGACGAUCAGGUACCACGGUAGCCGCCAUAUUCGCAUCUAUGGCAGGGUAGCGGUGCUUUCGGCGAGCGUGUGAUCCAGUCAUCAACAUCGACUGUUCCCUGCGCCGACCCUCCAAACCUUUCCUCAGAGCGGCCCGCGGUUCCACAGCCUGCGUCGGAGCAUCGAGGCAGAAAAAAGCCGGACUUCCACAGAGGGUGGUUGGGGGGGGAAGACAUGCAACGUGGAGCGGGGGUCUAGGUGGACUACGAUGCCUUAGACUUGGAGAGGAAUCCUGGUACAAGAUGGAGGUAAACAGCGUUAGUAGUGAGGUCAAUGGGCAUCAGAUCAUGGAUGAGCCCAUGGAGGAGGGAGAGUCUUUCUCACACUGUGAUGAUGGGACAUAUAAGGAGAUUCCUAUCACCCACCAUGUAAAAGAGGGCUGCGAGAAAGCCGAUCCGUCUCAGUUCGAACUGCUAAAAGUCCUCGGCCAGGGCUCUUUCGGCAAGGUGUUUCUUGUCAGGAAGAUUGUGGGUCCAGAUGCUGGUCAGUUAUAUGCAAUGAAAGUUCUAAAAAAGGCAUCUUUGAAAGUCAGGGACAGAGUUCGCACUAAGAUGGAAAGAGACAUUUUAGUGGAAGUCAAUCAUCCCUUCAUAGUGAAAUUGCACUACGCCUUUCAGACAGAAGGGAAACUGUAUUUAAUACUGGACUUUCUCAGGGGAGGGGAUGUAUUCACUCGCUUAUCCAAAGAGGUUAUGUUUACAGAGGAAGAUGUGAAAUUCUACCUUGCAGAGCUGGCCCUGGCCCUCGACCAUCUGCACAACCUGGGCAUAGUUUACAGAGAUCUCAAGCCAGAGAACAUCUUACUUGAUGAAGCUGGACACAUAAAGUUAACAGACUUUGGUUUGAGUAAAGAGUCGGUAGAUGCUGAUAAGAAGGCAUAUUCCUUCUGUGGUACGGUGGAGUAUAUGGCCCCUGAGGUGGUCAACAGGAGAGGACACACGCAGAGUGCAGACUGGUGGUCUCUGGGAGUACUUAUGUUUGAAAUGCUCACAGGGACGUUACCAUUCCAAGGGAAAGACCGCAAUGAGACUAUGAACAUGAUUCUCAAAGCUAAGUUGGGAAUGCCCCAGUUCCUGAGUUUGGAAGCCCAGAGUUUGCUGAGAAUGCUGUUUAAACGUAACCCUGCUAACAGGCUAGGGGCCGGGCCCGACGGCGUGGAAGAGAUCAAACGCCAUGCAUUCUUUUCCACCAUCGACUGGAAUAAACUGUACAGGAGAGAGCUCCAGCCCCCGUUCAAGCCCGCAGCAGGUAAACCAGAUGACACGUUCUGCUUUGACCCAGAGUUCACCGCUAAAACGCCGAAAGACUCCCCAGGUAUCCCGCCCAGUGCUAAUGCACACCAGCUCUUCAAAGGCUUCAGUUUUGUUGCGCCGACCCCCAUGGAUGAGAACAAGAGCUCCCCGCUGCUCAGCAUCCUCCCCAUAGUUCAGCUGCACGGAGGCUCAGCCAAGUUCUCCGACAUGUACGAGCUGCAGGAGGACAUCGGGGUCGGCUCCUACUCUAUUUGUAAACGCUGUGUACACCGAGUCUCUGCCAUGGACUAUGCUGUGAAGAUUAUAGACAAAAGUAAGAGGGACCCCUCUGAAGAGAUCGAGAUCCUGAUGCGAUAUGGACAGCACCCCAACAUCAUCACUCUGAAAGACGUGUAUGACGAGGGCAGGUAUGUAUACCUGGUGACGGAGCUGAUGAAGGGAGGGGAGCUGCUGGAUCGAAUCCUCAGGCAGAAGUUUUUCUCCGAGAGAGAAGCAAGUGCUGUUCUUUACACCAUUACAAAGACUGUUGACUACCUCCACUGCCAAGGGGUAGUACACCGAGACCUGAAGCCCAGCAACAUCCUGUAUAUGGACGACUCGGGGAAUCCCGACUCCAUUAGGAUCUGUGAUUUUGGAUUCGCUAAGCAGCUCCGGGGAGGCAACGGCCUCCUUCUAACCCCCUGUUACACCGCCAACUUUGUGGCACCAGAGGUACUAAUGCGACAAGGUUAUGAUGCAGCCUGUGAUAUAUGGAGCCUUGGAGUCUUGCUGUACACCAUGUUAGCAGGGUACACACCGUUCGCUAAUGGGCCAAACGACACACCGGAAGAGAUUCUUCUCCGGAUAGGAUCUGGGAAGUUCUCUUUGACGGGUGGCAACUGGGAUACUGUGUCAGACAGCUCGAAGGACUUGCUGUCCCAUAUGCUCCAUGUGGACCCUCACCAGCGAUACACAGCAGAGCAGGUUCUAAAGCAUUCCUGGAUCACGUGCAGAGAUACGCUACCGCACUUCCAGCUCACACGCCAUGAUGCACCGCACCUCGUCAAGGGAGCGAUGGCGGCCACCUAUUCAGCGCUGAGCCAGAAGACGAGUCAGCCGGUGUUGGAGCCUGUGGCGGCAUCCAGUUUAGCCCAGAGACGCAGCAUGAAGAAACUCACCUCAACGGACAUGUAGACCCACGUUGCUCACCCACCAGUUUUGAUCUCACUCUGUCAGACUCAUACGCAAACAAGAAAAAGCAAAAAGUACGCGCACACCCACAGCCCCAAGUCUUGGCCAGUCAGAACUACUGUCUCCCAGGUUUUCUUUCUUUUAAAAAAAAAUCUAUUUAUUUGAAACACCCGAACAUCUGCAAUCACACCACACACACACACACACACACACACACACACACACACACACACACACACACACACACACACACACACACACACACACACUGGACGAGGUUGCAUUGCAGAAGUCAGCCGAAGAGGAACAGAGGAACCUCGUAUCUGUUACUGCUGGGGAGACAGACUUGUAUUUAUUUCCACAGCUUCUCAUAUGCACUUACCCUCCUCGCCUUUCAUUCUUUCUUCCUUUUUAUGUGAGGAAGAAACGCACCAGCUGAUGUUUUCCUUCACUGUGAUUGGCUGAUUAAAAAGCUGCUUUGGUUAAACUGUGCUCCCCCCCCACACACUGCUCUUCAUCUUCGCUCUGCCAUCCUCCUCUCCCCUCAUUUGCUUUUGCUCUCUAACUUUAUUUUUUUGUUUUUCAACGUGAAGUAAUGAUUUAUGUGAGAGUGCUGGCAAGUUGGUAUUGACUGAGGUGCUUUGCAAGACUGUUUUCUUUCUGAGACUAAAAAAAAUAAAUUAUAAAUGUGUUUUAAAAAAAAAAAAAAAAAAAUCAGAUACUGCUUGAAGCGGGUUUAAAGGUUCUUCAGAAACAAAAUCACUUCCCAGCACUUUUGGUAACAUAAACGCAUGUGUGGACAGAUCCUGUAUUGCUUUUCCCUUGAAACUCAGUCGGACUCGUGUUACUUUGUGUAUCAAAAGAGGUAAAUAUGCUGCAGACGGACAAAAGAUACUGUCUCGAUACUGAAGGUGAAACUAUGUGGUAACAAGAAAUCGUUUGCAAAAAUGAUAUAACUAUAUAGAACAUAAUGAAGAUGAAGAGCAUGUGGGGGGAGCUGUCGGGAUUUCUCUGGGGGGGAUGGGACGCACCCUGUCGAACCAGAGAGGCUGAAUUUAAAAGAAUAAAUAAAUGAAUAACAAAAACAUUUCCAUGGAAAUCUCUUCAAAAGACAUUGUGGAAAUUGUAUGAUACUGUAUUUAUUUCAUUUGAUUUUUAAGAUUCUAUUUUUCUUUCAAGUUCUGUAUAUAUUGACAUUAAAGAUCAUUAUUGACAUGCA